UCGGACUUUAGUGGGGUUUUUUUAUUAUUAUUAUUUUUUAAACAUAGUUCUAUGUUACCGAUGGAACUGGGGGCAAAACGUUGACCCCGCAGUGUCCUUUGGAUGUCGCCGAUGUAGUCUUAAACUCUGCCGGGGAUGGCUCUCCUCUCUCGGCGGGACGGUUACCGCAGCCGCCGCUGUGGAAAAGAAUAACGGGAGGGGGAUAACGGAUUUACCUCUCAGACCGAAGAUCUGUGCGAGUCAACGCCUUGCUCCUGUAUACUCCAGGAAUUUUACACCACUGAAGACACUGGAUAUAUUACACUCUAUUGUUUUAUAGAGCUUUGGGCGCUUUUGUGGAUUGUGUUACAAUACAGUGCAAUGGGCUGCAUCCAGAGCCUCAAGUGUAAGCCCAAGAGUUUCCGAGACAGCGUUAUCGUCCUGGAGCUGAGCACGUCCAUCGACUCCAACCCCACCAGCAUCGACGAGGCGUCCAGCGUUGUCCUGCGCUACCGGACGCCGCACUUCCGAGCUCAUGCGCGUCUCCUGGUGCCGCCUGUAGCGGCCAAAGAGACGUGGACCAUCGGGUGGAUCCAGGCGUGUAACCACAUGAUGUUCUACAAUACAUACGGGGACAAAGGGAAGUCGAGUUGGGAGCUUCCGGACCUGCGUGACGGCAAGAUCCAAGCAAUCAGCGACUCGGACGGUGUCAACUACCCGUGGUAUGGCAACACCACAGAGACCUGCACUGUGGUAGGGCCCACCAAGAAGGACAGCAAGUUCGCGGUCAGCAUGAACGACAAUUUUUACCCCAGCGUUACCUGGGGAGUACCGGUCAGCGACAGCAACGUGCCUCUGCUCAGCAGCAUCCAACGCGACCAGAGCUUUACCACAUGGCUGGUUGCCAUCAACCAAGCCACCUCAGAGACAGUCGUUCUCCGGACAAUCCGCUGGAGGAUGAGGCUUCAUAUUCAGGUGGAUCCAGAGAAGCCUCUGGGUCAAAGGGCUGUUUUAAAGGAGCCUGUGGCCCAGGAACAGCCUCAGAUACUGGGCAAGAAUGAACCCAUCCCCCCCAAAGCCAUGGUGAAGCCCAACGCCAAUGACGCCCAGGUGCUUAUGUGGCGGCCAAAGAAAGGUGAUCCCAUGGUGGUCAUCCCACCUAAAUACUGAUCUGCUCCUCUGACCAGACUGGCCUUUGAUACCCACUCUACUUCAUCCCUUAACUCUAUGUUUUGUUUACGUUUCGCUCUCCAUUUUCGCCAACCUCUGAGUGCUUUAAUCCGUUUUCAAUGUUGUUUUUUUGCCCCAACCCAAUUCUUUGUGUCUCUAUAAUCUCCCACGUUAGUGAAAUAAACACUGACAAGCACGAGAAAGAGGCUAAUAAAACCACAACAGACGAAAGGACCAGAUGUUCCUUUAGAGGAAGGAAUUUACUGCAAUUACCUGCAACCAUUCUACCUUCAAACAUAGGUCGGGUCUCACUGUGCUGAAAUGCAAAAAAAUGAACAGAAGCAGUGUUUAAUUUAUAGUUUUACGCUCUGACUGAGCCGGCUGAUUAGACCGUGGGCGAGGUUAAGCGAGACAUGAUUGUGUGUGCAAGGCAUGCCGCACAAGCCGUGUACGAAUACAAGUGGUAUUUUUUUUUUUUACUAUUAUUAUUUAUAGGCUGGAAGAGGGUGCAUUCAUUUGUGUUUUAUGCUGUUUGGUUAUUUACAUGACGAAAUGCAAUGAGUGACUUAGAUUUUAGUCAUUUUUAAGGAAUUCUAGAUCUUCGAUCCAUGCUGCCUUAAGUUUACAUCGCUUUUCACUGCAAACGUUUUCGCCUUAAACUGAAGUGCAAUGCAGUCAUUUAGUCGCCGGUCCCGAUUCUUCCAGAGACGCUCGGUGCUGGGUUUAGGACCGGAGCCAGAGCACAAAAGAAAAAUUCCUUUUAGAUUGAAUCUUUGACGUGUAGAGGAAUCCAAUGUAUUGCACCCGGCGGAAUGAGUGGGAAAACAGUUAUACAAUCAAACUAACUCAGUGUGUUUGGGUUUCAAGUGCAUUAUGCAACAAACAAGAUGCUCUGUGAAGCCAUCAGUUGUACUUAGCACAGUAAACUAAGAACAUCUGGAGAAAAAUCUAGCGAAUAGCACAGCUGACCUCAUUGUUGUCACUUUAUUCUGCCGAUAUAGGCUGUUGUAGAAUUGACUGCAUCAAUCCAUCUCAGGGCCUCCGUUUUACUUCCUCCUUGUCUGUUUUCAUCUUCCUGCCACUGUAGCUCACACAGGACAUAGAGCAAUUUCCCUUUCUAUUUACGUGCAACUAAAAUCAAGAAUCUGUCUUUGAAGAAACUCGUCAUGUACAACAGUGUCCUCCACCCACCCUUUCUCACUUUUUUUCCCCUCUCCGCUGUCGGGGCUGACUAGUAGAACAGGAAGCGGGCGAAUUAAUGCCGACUGCUCGGCUGGCAUAUAGAUGACCCACUUCUCCUCUCUGCCUGUCGUAGCUCUCGCUGCAUGCCGGGCCUGUCUCCCUUCAUUUUACCGCCAGCGAGAGUUAACGCAGGCACACAUGCAUGAAUAAAGAGCGCCGGUCAGCUAAACAUCAGUGCUCAACAACCCAAUGCUCAUUUAUCUAGAAAACUUUGAGAGGAAACCAAAAUUAGAGCUGCAUUUGACUUCAGAAAUGUUCUCCCUCCAAAGACAGGUUUUUUUUUUUUUUUUUCCUUUUUCAAUUUUUAUCCCACCAGACAAAUUGAAUACACAUAAGGCUCACCUGUUUAUAUAUUUAACUUUCUAUUUAAAUGCAAACUUUUCUGAAAAUUGAAUGAGAAGUGCGGCGUUUGUCUCAUAUCAGUAUUCUAGAUCUGGAGCGGCAUCCAGGAAUCGCCCAAAAACAAUAAUAAAAGUGCGACUGCCACUGCCUUUGAAGCUUACCGGUUAAGCCAUUUUAUCUCAUUUGCAUAACAUGCAAAAAUAGAAGCACAGCUUCUUUUAUCUUAAGGCUGGACUAAAGCUAGUAUAUCCUGACGACAGCUGGGAGAGGCUUCACCCCACCCACGCACCCUGCGACCCAAAACAGGAUGAAGCGGAUAUAAAAUAAAAAGUAUUUAUACAUUUAUUUAUUUAUUUUUUUAGAUGAAUGAACAUUUCUGAAAACCAAUUGAAAUUGUUCUCCUGACUACAGAUGUGGGUUAACACUGUUGGAGAAUAAUCUCCGAAGGCUCAGCAGCAAAUGCCCUAGAAGUCAAACAACAUGACAAAACUGACAGAUCAAAUCCAUCUGUGGAUUUAAAGUCAUGGAAAGGCAAAGUUCAGAAUUUUUGACGUAAGGUUCUGUAAUGUCUUCCCUGCAGUAGAUAACAGUCUUGCUGUUUUGGUUCAGUAUAAAUCCAGAUUAGUUUUUUUUUUCCGCUAAGGCUAACGCUAACAGCUAAGAGGGGAAAAAGGGUCGAGACAACAGCAGACGUCUACCAUCUUAAAACGACUCCGAUCUCAAAACCGCCACAGAGGUUUUGAGAUCCAUUAAGCUAGCAUGUUUACAUCAAGCCUUCAUUUAUAAAAAAAAAAAAAAAAAAAAAAAAAAAAGCUGAUGACUAUGUGCUCAGAAAAUGUAGGUAGGAGGUGUUGCGCUACCAGUGGUCUUCCUGUGUGAAACGUACUCUGAAUGGAGAAUGCAGAAGUAUUUGAAGUCAAAGUUUCUCACAAGUAAAUAUUACAGCAACUUAAUUGAGCACUUUUUGAUUUUUUUGCGCUGCCUUACUUAUUUUUAUUUGGUGAUUACGCUGACUGAAAGGGCUUUACUUGUUUCAUUCUUAGUAUGUGUUUCACAAAGGAAACUAAUUGGUGGCGCACUGCCUCCUAUCUCCAUUUCCUGUGUAAAUAAUCAGUAUUAUUUUGUUUUAAAUAACCACAUUGCGUAAAUGUGACAGUGAUGUAAAAGUUCGUAAAAUACUGUUGACAUACAGUAAAUCACUAUGAUUACAGUUGUUUUAAAACUGUAAAUGUCAGCUUAAGUUUUGGCCCGUCUUGAACCGGCCAUUAGAUUUAUCCUUCAAGAUAGACUAAUGCGGAUUUCUACUAAACGAAGACACCAAGACAGUUAUCUGCUGUGGACAAGACACUCGUCUGCUGAUAAAUCUUUUAACCAGACUUGACUUUUAAAGAUCACAAACUAUCCCUUAAAUACUUUCUUAAUUUCAAACAUGGCUAACACCCAUGCUUGGCCUGAGACGGCCACAGUCCCAGGCUGAGUCACGGGUGAAGGAAAAGGGAGGCUCAGGCUACUGCGGGACGGCUGUCACAUUUAGAUAUGCAGUGGCACACUUUCUGAAGCCCUCUUUGGGCCCAACAGAGCUGAGCCGGACUAGCUCGAGUCACGGCUCGGGCUUAAGGAGGCCAAAUAACAACAGUGAAGGGCUGUCGCAGUCAGAGGAGUGAAUGUAAAGGUGAAGACAAACUCAAUCCUGUCAUAAAACCGACACAGACAUGUUUUUGAAAGCAACCUGGAUGCAAUCCAAACAUUAUGAAAAGAUUAUUAUUUUGUUUCUAGUUUUAUCCCGUCACAGAGUCCGCUGCAUGAGGACUCUUUAUUUCACAGACUUUGUUCCGAGAUCCCAGUCGGACAUCCUGUAGCGUAAAUACUCCGCUUGUCUGCUGCCAUUUUCUCCACACACACACACACACGCACGCACGCACACAAACUCAACUGAGGACAUAACUCAGCUGAGGUUAUGUCCUUGUCAUAAAGCAGGGGUUGAGCUAGCCCACACCAGCAUACAGCCUCCCCCUGAGGGGAAGGGAGCAGGCCGGUAUCUGAUUGUCACUGCGGUGUCGCAUUGGCAAUGUGUACUCAUUUAGAGGGGGGGGUGAUGAAGGGGGGGACGGCGGCACGUGGAUCAUGCGACUACAGGCACGAGCGAACAGAGCCAUAAGCACAACACACCUGCUCACUACUAAUAUUUAGGGAGUGAUGUGCAGCUUGUAUCUUUAGUUUGUUUUAAUAUUUUAAUUUUAAUAAUAAUAACAACAACAAUAAUAAAAGGAAUUUAAGAGGUCACCGAGUGUGUGUUUGUCCAUAAUCAUCAGUGUUUAUAUGUCGGAUUGAAGCUAACGGGCACUAAGUGUCUUCUCUUUAUCUCAACCUGUCAUGUAUGAUGAUAACGUGUAAGCUGUGUUCACACCAAUGAAAAAUGUCAGCAAUGCUACAUGUGCUUCCUUAAAAAAGAAAAAAAAAAAA